CGCGGAGGCGGCCAGCCUGAGACAGCUCUCUGCCUCUGCUGAAAAGCUCUCUGCACAGCUAGACAGGGAGAGACGUUGCUGCUUGAAACCGCGUUGCCUGCAGACGCUAAGCUGGGAGGCCGCCCCGCACAGGGAAGCAGCCCCGGAUAAGGGGCUUCUGACCCAGCAUUGCACAUUUGGCUUGAGCUGGUAUCCCCGAGUCGGCUUCUCAGCCCCGUGUGAUGUUAACUACAUGACACACAGCCCUGCGCCGAAUCUUUCAGAGGCGGCUUCGUGUUAAACUUCACCUAAACUCCUUCCCGGAAUGAUGCCUGUCCCUGUGCUGAGAAGGCAGACGCUCCUCUGCCGUGUCUCCCUUGCCGCAGCUAGUAAACGUCACUUUGUUGUGGGUGGACAGGUGUGCCCUGGUGGUCUGUAGCAAAGGAACUUGAAGUUUUAUCAUCGGCCUCCUGAAGCCGGCAGCCUCGGAGUGCAAAACUAUAUAUAUUUUUAGAAAGGAUGGCCCGUACUUUGGAACCACUAGCAAAGAAGAUCUUUAAAGGAAUUUUGGUAGCUGAACUUGUAGGCGUUUUUGGAGCAUAUUUUUUGUUUAGCAAGAUGCACACAAGCCAAGAUUUCAGGCAAACAAUGAGCAAGAAAUAUCCCUUCAUCUUGGAAGUUUAUUACAAAUCCACUGAGAAGUCUGGAAUGUAUGGAAUCAGAGAGCUAGAUCAAAAAACAUGGUUGAACAGCAAAAAUUAGAUCCAGUCAUCACGUUCAGCCUCCCAUCUAAGCUGUUUGAGACCUUUGGGAGAAGAAAAGAUGAGUGUACUACCACACUGUAAAUUGGCGGUCCCACAGAACAUGCUGCUGAGUCACAGGAACUUCUAGCCUGCCUUGGCCUGCUGUUUCUCACCCACUAUACAAACCCACUGCUUGUUUGUUGCUUUUCUUCUCAUAUUUAUUGUCAAAGAUUAAUGUUUCAUAAAGAAAUGACUAAGGAAGGAAAAGAAACAAAUGCUCUAAAGAUCUUCUUUCCCCAAGCACUUUUACUGGUGAAAUAAAAACCAGCAACAAUCAAUAUCAGAAAUAAUUAAAAUGUCUAUAAACAUGUAAAGUUACUUAGCAAACUCAUGCUAUAUAAAAAUGGCCCACUUCCCUAAAAAAAAAGUAAUUUUUGUAGUCUGCAAGUUUUUUUUUUUUUUUUUGCUGUAUAUACUUGUUAAUCUUAUAUGUUCUCCUGAGAGAAGAUAAAGCCAUUCCUUCCAGGUUGUAAAGUACCAUGAAAAGGUCUUUCAAAAAUAUACCUAUCAACCAGGCACGGUGGCUCACGCCAGUAAUCUCAGCACUUUGGGAGGCCAAGGUGGGCGGGUCACUUGAGGUCAGGAGUUCGAGACCAGCCUGGCCAACAUGGUGAAACCCCCUCUCUACUAAAAAUACAAAAAUUAGCUGGGCAUGGUGGUGCAUGCCUGUAAUCCCAGCUACUUGGGAGGCUGAGGCAGGAGAACUGCUUGAACCUGGGAGAUGGAGGUUGCAGUGAGCCAAGAUUAUGUCACUGCAUUCCAGCCUGGGCGAGGGAGUAAGACGCUGUCUCAAAAAAAAAAAAA